AUCAUUAUCAUCGCCUCCAACCACCUCGUCCAACCACCUGAUAGAACACCUCCACCGCGUGCUAGUAUUCCUUCCACUUCUUCAAUCCUGGCUUCCCUACAGAACAUGCGUCCGUGGUUCUUCCACAACGCGACCGCUCCUCUAGACGAUCCCUCGGCUCCCUUGCCUCCUCCGUCCACUCCUGCUGCUUCGUCGAUUCCGAUCGAAAAAGAAACCUCGUGGACUCCAUUUACUCCAGAAGACAAUGAACGACUUGAGAACGCCUGGAAGUCGAUCUACAUCACCAAAGAUCAUGUAGACUCGAGCGACGCAACCGUCAAGAAGGACAAAGGUAAAGGCAAAUCAAAGCAGAAUGUCGUGAACGUGAUUGUCGGCGCUGCCAGACUAUAUGCUGUUCAGUUCGUCCCUCCCGCGCAAGAUAGCGAGGAUCAGCACGCAGAGUCUUCUUUUAGUGAGAAUGGACCUCAGAAGGCCGACAGCACAACUACCUCCGACACCACCGAAGCAACUUCUGCUUCCGCUCCAACUCAGCUCGACUAUCAGAAAGUUCUAGGUCCGUGUAAGAUGAAGAUGGUUCCAGUUUAUUGGCAUGCUAUGCAUGAUACAGCCCAUGUAAUCCGUGCGACCUGGUUCCAUACAACGUCUUAUCCACCAGUCCCGCUCCGUGAUCGAAAUCUACGCCCUCGCGAUCACGAACACCGUUAUGCCUCGCAUCCGAUAACCGAUCUGGAAAUGGCCGCAAGGCUGGAGCAUGGCUUUCUUGAGAUGCAGCCAUGGUCUCCGUCAUAUAUUGCCGAACUGAAAGCUGUACGAAAAACUGGUCGAGAAGCAGAGGAAAAGAUCACGGUUCCGAUCUCUGACGGAUAUUCAGUCGUGUACUGGCCGUUGCCGGUGGACACUGAACACGAGAACCGAAGAUUUGCUGCCAACAGAACGGACGAGUAUACGCGGUACAUUCCCCACUACUUGGAAUUAUCCAACGCGAUAGACAGUCACGACAACAAAAAAGAAGGCUAUGCUGUUUUAAUUCCAGAAACUAUCAUUGUCCGCACUUUUGCCGGGCGUCGGUCUGGAAUUUCCAGAGGUAUUGCGUGGGUCUUGGGCGCUAUUUCUCGUCGUCCUGGCGGUAUGGAGGUUCGAAUGCCUGGUAAGGGUAUCGAGGGUGUUGUUAAGCGUGGCUUUGAUUAUGAUGACUGGAUCCGCGGCGGCGGCAAGCAUCCCCAGGGUCCUUGGAGCGCUGCAGAUAUCGAUCAUCUGGUACUUGUGAUUCAUGGUAUCGGUCAGAAGCUGACUGAACGCGUUGAGACCUUCGACUUUACCUAUGCAAUCAAUACCUUCCGAGUCCUCAUGGCAAAGCAGCACGAAAGUAUGUCUCUAUCGCACCCUCCUCCUGCAGUUCUUCCUAUCAAUUGGCGGCGAAAGAUCAAUUUCGAUUACGAGGACGUGACUUCGAAGGACAGCAGAGAACCCGGCCCGGUGCAUAAGGCAUACUCGUUAGCUGACAUUACUCCGCCUACGAUUCCUACCGUACGAAAUAUUAUCUCGGAUGUACUGCUCGACAUUCCGUACUAUCUGUCUCAACACAGACCGAGAGUCUUGCAUGCAGCGACGGUAGAAGCAAAUCGGAUCUAUCGGCUGUGGAUGCGGAACAAUCCAGGGUGGAAAGGCAAGGUCUCUAUAAUCGGGCACUCUUUGGGUUCUGUGAUCGCCGUCGAUAUUUUGUCGCGCCAGCCUUCAAUUCCUCCACCUCUAUUCUCACAAGUCGAAACAGGAGAUGAGAGAGCUGAAAUUCAGCUCGAAUUUCCUGUGCGCAAUUUGUUUGUCGCAGGAAGUCCCGUUGGUUUCUUCUUGCUUUUGAACAAGGUCAAUUUGAUACCUCGCAUCACUUCAACCGCUCGUCUGGUUAGCAUCUCGCAGAAUAUACCACCGACUCUGGACGAAUUUGGAAAUGCUAUGCCUCCUAUCAGCGAACGGCCUGAAGAUAUUGGUACGAAUAGAGAUGGUGUUUAUGGCUGCAUUGCUGCCGAGAACAUCUAUAAUGUCAUCCACACCUCUGAUCCGAUUGCGUACCGACUGAACCCUUGCGUCGAUCCAGAGUAUGCAGAGACUAUUGAGCAAGCCUUGCUGGCUUUACCGGCAAAUCAGGAGGGGUUCUUCCAGCGCCUAUUUACGCUCGAUAAGAAGCCGGUCAAAGUACCUUUCAGAAAACGGAUACGAAAGGUACGAAAAACUUUCACGGAGCGAGCGCGGAAUUUCACUGGAAAGAUUGCUGUUUCGGUGACCCGUGCGGUUAAUCCAAAUUUUCAAGCUGGUGAACAAAUUGAGGAGAAUAGGACCGCGGCGAGGCGACAUAGGAAUAACAACGAGGAAAGUCGAGGAAUUCUCGAAUCUAGCUCUGACGACGACUCUCUCGAUUCUGAUGAGAGCGAUGAUGACGACGAUAGCACAAUCGCAGGUGAAGGUGAUCUAGAGGGCGAUGAAUCUGGCAAGUCGAGAGAUAAGUCGGGAUCGGCUAAGAGACCGCACUACAAGUCCAACUACUCAUUCACAAGAGGUCCUACAGCUGGAUCAUCCACCUCCGGUGACGCAGAGCAGAAGAGACGACGCAAUGCGCGAUUUGAGCGGAUAAUCAAGACCAGGAUGCAUGCACUGAAUGAAAACGGACAGAUAGAUUACAUCAUACAUCCCACCGGUGCGCUAGAAAAUCAGUACAUUAGCAUUUUGACUGCUCAUUCAGGGUACUGGGAAUCGAAGGAGUUUGCAUAUCUGGUGGCGGCGGAGUGUGGACGGAGUCCUGGCAUCGAGUACACGUUGGCGGACUUCAAAGCAAAGAUAAAGUCGUCUUAAUUGUCUCUCUGCUUUUUAUUCAAUUGGUGUGGCUAAGAUUUGCAUUCUCCUACUAAUAGCAUAUUUUUUUCAUUUUUAAUAUUUGGGUUUUUUUCUUCGAUACUGGAGCAAUGAUGAAUUGAUUGUUGCGGACUACGAUGAUUUUGUGAAUAGCUUAUAUGAAUGAGAUA